GAAACACUGGUCUAGGAAAUAUAUAUUUAACAAUAGGCUAUAAUUAAUCAUAUUUUACUCAGUUUAACUGUAUUUGAGGAAUUCAUCAUUUUAAUUAGAGCUAGGCUACCUGCUGUAAGGUAACAGUUGGUCUACGCUCAUUCUCUCGCGACCAGUUUGGCUGGUAUUCGGUUAAAGACCUUUUGUUUCCUCUCAAACAGUUGUAAUAAAAACCACUGGAAAUCAAAGAUUAUCUAAUGAGUUUAGUCACUGGCAGUUUAGCAAGCUGGCGAACUAAUUUUUAGCGUAAAGGGGAGGCGCACCAUGCCUUCAUUUCGCCACGCGCGCCACUCUCCUGCCCAGUGUGUGCUGGGAAGUCACAGCGACAGGUUGUUUACGGGCUGUUAUGAGGAAGAGACACAUGAUUCAAUUACAAUUAUUGCGAGCUUUAUAAGACAUGUAGGACUGAGCGUUUGAGCUGAACGACAGCGCACAGUAUGGUUGGAGACAUCGAGACUUCUGGAAAACAUCUAACAGAAGCUUCUGCGUUAUUUGGUUAGACAGUAACAAACUUCAUUCUUUCCCAUUAUACCGGAGUCCUAAUUAUGUUUCCCUUCAGAACUUGGUCAACCAUAAGACUGGUCGCGGUUUUACUGAGUUUGGGGAUUCACCAGAGCAUCUGGAAAGCAGUGGAAACGAUUCAUCCAGCAUGUGCUCUGGUGGCUGAGCAUAUGAAGGCUCAAGAGCAAUGCAUUCGCACACAAAGACAAGAGGCCCACAACAGCAACAAUUUCACAGGGUGUAAUACCAACUGGGAUGAACUUUGGUGCUGGUACAGGGCAGAAGUUGGACAGGUAGUCAACGUCUCCUGUUCCGAAGUGUCUCAGCUGUUUUCACCCAAUCAUGGUUUCAUACUUAGGAAUUGCACCAAGAAUGGCUGGACAGAUAUCUACCCAUCCUAUGGGAAUGCUUGUGAGAUUGUGGAGGACGUGGAAUCUGAAACAGAGACCACAUAUUACUCUACUUUCAGGCAGGUGUACACUGCGGGCUACGCUACCUCUCUGAUUUCCCUCAUCUCUGCCAUCUUUGUGUUUACAGCCUUCAGGAAGUUCCACUGCACCAGAAACUACAUUCACAUCAAUCUGUUCGCCUCCUUUAUCCUGCGAGCCAGUGCGAUCUUCAUCAAAGAUGCAGUUCUCUUUGCUGACGAGAAUCUGGACCACUGCUUCAUGUCAACAAGCUCUUGCAAGGCAGCGGUGGCUUUCUUCCAGUUCAGUAUCCUGGCUAACUACUUUUGGCUGCUGGUAGAGGGAAUGUAUCUACAGACUCUUCUAGCUUUAACAUUUGUUUCACAGAAGAAGUAUUUCUGGUGGUACAUACUUAUUGGCUGGGGUCUGCCAACAAUAAUACUGACCAUCUGGGUUCUAGCAAGGAAUUUUUUUGAUAAUAGAGGGUGCUGGGAUGACACAGAUGUUGCUUACUUUUGGUGGAUUAUCAAAGGACCGAUCACCGUAUCUCUCCUGAUCAAUUUCUUCAUCUUCAUAAAUGUGAUCCGGAUUCUUGUGCAGAAGCUGAAGUCUCCAGGAAUGGGUGGCAAUGAUACAAACCACUUCAUGAGACUGGCCAAGUCUACUCUUUUCCUGAUUCCUCUGUUUGGCAUGCACUACAUGGUAUUUGCCUUCCUCCCAGAGAACACUGGAGAAAAUGCUCGUCACUUUCUUGAACUUGGCCUGGGCCCGUUUCAGGGUUUUGUUGUGGCUCUGUUAUAUUGUUUUCUCAAUGGAGAGGUACAAGCAGAAAUAAAGAAGAGACUGUGGAAGUGGCAGACACAAAAUUAUUUGAGAUACAGUAAGAGAAGACGAACCCUCUUCACUGAGAGCAGCACAGUCACACAAAUCUCAGUUUUAGAGAAAUCCAGCCCUAAGGAGCUGCCCUUAACCGAGUCCCACAACAGUGUGUCAACCGUCUGAAAACAAAUCUUUACAAUUUCACCUCAUUCCCUUUUUCUCUUUCUCUUUCAUGAAACCUUUUAACCAGGGUUCUUCAGCUCUGGUCCUUGAUGUUCACUGUCUUGCAGGUGUUAGUUUUUAAACCUGAUCAAACUCACCUGGCUGUAAUUUUCCAGUAAUCCUGAAGAUCUUGAUUAGCAGGUGUGUUUGAUUAAGGUUGGAGCUAAAGGACAGGAGGGCCAGAUUUGAAGAACCCUGCUCUAUGCCAUAAGACACAAGGUAAAAUUGAUUGAAAAUGUUAAAAUCCAUGCAAAUUCAAGCAUUGUGAUAAGGUUAUAAAGUGUUGCUAAAAUAAUCCAAAGAUAUAUUUCUUUUUUUUUCUGCACAUUGAGGCAAGCAUUCAGCUCUAUACUGAUAAAAAUAUUAUUUAUUCAUAACCCAAAAAGCCUUUUCCCUACUACUCAUUUAAAUAAGAUGGUUGGCACUGACUAUUUACAGAGCAAAUUCCAAUGCAGGACAGUUCCCCCAAAAUCUCAUUUUGUGAUUCCCCAACAACUUUCAUAUAUGGAAAAGAGCAGCUUGCUUUUUGUGGAAAAUGAUGAUUGUGUUUUAAAUGUGUAGCUCUGUAAUUUGUAUUUAUCACUCCAUCGUUUGUCAUUUGAGACUUUUGGUCUGCCUGCCUUGAAAGUUGAGAUUGCAUAAUGUGUAGAUGUUGAAUACAGCUAUUUGCCUUACAGUAAACAGACCUCAUUUUAGAAUCUUCACAAAUAAUAGCUAUCAAUUAAAAAAAGAAGGUAUUUUUAUAUUCAUAAAGGCAUUCUUAAUCUUUUAUUUUGUAAAUUGUGUUUUAAGGCACCAUAUUGCACAGUGCGCUGGCCCUGUAUGUGUAAAGAAAUAUAACAUUUCUACAGGGCUUACAAAGUAUUUUUCUUAUAGCAGGUAUUUUCAAAAUAUUUUAUUCAUUAUAAAUCAAACUGAUUUGUUUUAAUUAAAUAAACCAUUGGGAUUUGAGAAGGAAAAAAAUAUUCAUAAAACACUAAUCAAUCUUAGUACAAGGAGACCUUACAAUGUAGAUACAAAUUAUAAAAAUGAUUAAUAAUCAUGAUAUGAGUAUUAUGAGCAGUUAUAAGUAUUACAAUGAAUAAUACUAUUUUGAAAAUGGCCUAUUUAAGAAUCCUUUGCAGGGCACACAUCUGGAGCACUAGACUGUAAAGUUUCUUGUUUGGUAGAAAUGUUAUCUGGUUUCAUUGUGGUGUUGUUGCUGAAUGGAUUUGUAAAUAUCCUUGCUGUAUGUAGUAGAUUUUACGUGAUGUAUACUAUGUUUGCAGACAUUUGUGCUCAGUUAUUUGGUGGAUUGAUUUAUAAAUAUAGUUUCAUUAAUAUUAGUGUUUAUUACCAUUAAUAAUAAUAAUAAUAACAUCAUUAGUGCUUUUAUCACAAUAUGAUAUAUUUUAUUUUGCAACAUUAGUUUAUGUGAAAGUUAAAGGGUUAGUUCACCCAAAAAUGAAAAUUAUCCCAUGAUUUACUCACCCUCAAACCAUCCUAGGUGUAUGAUCAUCUUCUUUCAGACGAACAGAUGAUUGGUUUUUGUAAGAAAAAUAUCCAUAUUUAAAACUUUAUAAAGUAAAAUAACUAGCUUACGGCCGACGACCAUACGCAUCAUUUUGCGGCGGAGUGAACUCUGACCUGACGCGUGCGCAAGAUGAGAGGUGCCGCACGUGAUUAAGUUAGCCGUUACGCUUUCUCCAAUGGUAAGAGAUACAUCUCCCUCUCAUCUCCCUAUAAUAUACAAUCUCUGGUCAUACAUCGCGUCGGGUUUAUUCAUUUGACACAAGUCGACUUGGGCAGUAUGCGUAAGGUCGUUUGGCGGAAGCUAGUUAUUUUAGAUCAUAAAGUUUUAAAUAUGGAUAUUUUUUUUCACAAAAACCCAUCGCCGUAAGCCGUAUGGAUUAUAUUUAUGAGGGAUGGAUGCAUUUAUUUUGGGCUUCAAUACACGCCCCCCCCCAUUCACUACCUUUAUAAAUCUUUAGAGAGCAAGGAUAUUUUUGAAUAUAUCUCCGAUUGUGUUCGUCUGAAAGAAGAUAGUCAUAUACACCUCGGAUGGCUUGAGGGUGAGUAAAUCAUGGGUAAUUUUCAUUUUUGGGUAAACUAAUGUUCAUUUUCAGUCUUUUGUGAGUCUGGAAAGAACAUAUGUAGGGUAUACAUGCACACAUACGGUAUAUAGGCUGUAUAAAGUUUGAAUAUACUACAGUAAUGUCAGUGCCAUAGUGCAAUAGUGUUAGUUUUUUUUAAAUUGCUAACAUACUUUUAUCUGUUUGAAUCUGUAAUCACAUUUUCAAAACUCUAAACACAUUAGCACAACAUCCGUCUGUUGUGACCAUACCAUUAAAGGUGCAGCAUGUAGGAUUUCUGUCCGCUAGAGGUCGCUAGAGGCCUAUUCAAAACAAAGGCGUAGCUUGAUGACGGCAAGUUUGAGCGCGGAAUCUUGGGACAUGUGGUCUUCACCUCAACGGACGGUGCAAAAGAAUAGGGAUAGGACUCGGGAAGAAAUCAUGUUCAUGAAUGCGAUGAUUAACGUUAUUGUAGUUUGAAGCAGAGCAGGACCGAGUGUUGUGGGAGCUGAACGAGGCCGCUGGAUCGAUUGCGCAACACACGCCUCACGAGCAGCGGAACUUUUAUUAUGCGCAGUCGCCACCGCCGCUUCCGCUUUUCCGGUCAUGAGUAUGAGGUAACGCAGCUCUGUUUAUUAUAUUAGAUACAUUUGAGAGUGUUGAAAAUGAUGUUAUAACGUUACUCUGUGCGUUUGCUCGGUGGCUGCUGCAAGACACUUGUUUGAGAGACACUGCAGUAAGCUAGAUCGAUUUUAGAAUAUCAUAUUAAUAAAUGCUGGAUGGCUUGUUGAUAAAUGGCAUGCAAUUAAUUUUAAAACGUAUUGUAUGAUGGAGAAAAUUCUGUAUUACUGUUACUAAAAAUAAAGCUGCAUCUGAUUAUGCUAUGUUAGCUACUUCACAAAAUAGUGUUUUUCUCUGAGGCAUGUUAAAGCAUGGUACUCGCAAAAAAUCAAGAAAAUUAGAUUUAAACAAUAAGACUAAACGUGUUGAGCUAUAUAACAAUUAGUUUUCUGUCUAUAAAUAUAUCAAAACAGUUGUUCCCUUGUCUAUUAAAAUGUGUAAUAUAUUAAAGCGUCUUUGGUGUUUCCAUGGUUUCUACAAAAUAAAACCGGAAACCGAGGCAGACCGAGGGUUAACACGGGUAUGACGCAAUUGACAGGUGACUCCUCACAUGACCCGGAGCCUUGGCUAAAAUUGCUAUUUUCUCACGAUUUACAAAUAGUUGGAUAUAUUUGGGAUAUUGUAAGUACUCAAGUGAACAAAAUACUGGCCUAUAACACUGGCCUAGUGGUUUUUGGAUAUUUUACUGCAAAAAUCUUACAUAUUGCACCUUUAACACAAUUCAUGUCAUUUUCACACAAAAUGCAGUCAGUUAAUGUGUUUCUAAAACGCUUAAAUUUUCUUUUCAUACAAGCUUACCCAAUACAAAAAUUAUGGAUCUUUCUGAUCUUGUUUACAAAUGCUUAAACACAGUAUGCCAGAAAUGAAGACCUAAUGUUCCAUUCUUUAAAUAUAGUAUAAAACCACUACUUCUGCAACAAAAGCAGCGCAAAAGUAUUGAAAAAAAAUACACUGCUCCAAAAAAUUAAAGGAACACUUUUUAAUCAGAGAAUAGCAUCAAGUCAAUUAAACUCCUGGGAUAUUGAUCUGGUCAGUUCAGUAGCAGAGGGGGUUGUUAAUCAGUUUCAGCUGCUUUUGUGUUAAUGAAAUUAACAACAGGUGCACUAGAUGGGCAACAAUGAGAUGACCCCCAAAACAGGAAUGGUUUUACAGGUGGAGGUCACUGACUUUUUUUUUUUUUCCCUCCCUACUCAUCUUUUCUGACUGUUUUUCACUAGUUUUGCAUUUGGCUAGGGUCAGUGGAGCUCGAUUGAGCUCGAUUGACAUUUGCCAUUGAACACCAGAACUGGCAGGUUCGCCACUGGCGCCAUGUGCUUUUCACAGAUGAGAGCAGGUUCACCCUGAGCACAUGUGGCAGACAUGAAAGUGUGUGGAGAACGUUAUGCUGCCUGUAACAUCGUUCAGCAUGACCGGUUUGGUGGUGGGUCAGUGACGGUCUGGGGAGGCAUAUCAAUGGAGGGAUGCACAGACCUCUACAGGCUAGACAACGGCACCCUGACUGCCAUUAGGUAUCAGGAUGAAAUCCUUGGACCCAUUGUCAGACCCUACACUGGUGCAGUGGGUCCUGGGUUCGAGUAUGCAGGCAGUUCCUGGAGGAUGAAGGAAUUGAUACCAUUGAAUGGCCCUCAUGCUCGCCUGACCUAAAUCCAAUAGAACACCUCUGGGACAUUAUGUUUCGGUGGACGCUGCCAGGUUGCACCUCAGACUGUCCAGGAGUUCAGUGACGCCCUGGUCAGAUCUGGGAGGAAAUACCCCAGGACACCAUCCGUUGUCUCAUUAGGAGCAUGCCCCAACGUUGUCAAGCAUGCAUACAAGCAUGUGGGGGCCAUACAAACUACUGAGUACCAUUUUUGAGUUGCUGCAAUGAAAUUUCAGCAAAAUGGACUAGCCUGCUGCAUUUUUUCACUUUGAUUUUCAGGGGUGUCUUUGAAUUCAGUCCUCUGUAGACUGAUAAUUUUCAUUUCCAUCAAACAAUGUGGCAUCCUUUCGUUCCUAACACAUUACCCAGUCCAUAUCAGUAUAGAUAUCCAGAUAUAAAACAAAUAUACUGAAACAACUGAUAAGCAUUUUUAAGUAUCAGAUCACUGAAAUAUUGAGAAAUGGCAGAUUCCAGUCUCAGUUGGAGGCAUAGUCAGGUGUUGAAGUUCUUUUCAUUACAUUGAUAUACAGUAAAAUUGGACUCUUUGAAUUGUGUUUGUUCAGUGUGGAUGCAGAACAACACAUGAACAGAGAGAGAAAAAAAUAAUGUCUGGGCAAAGGAAAGGAAUAGAUGGAGAAGGAGAGGAGUAGUUGGAUCAGGACAAGGGAGAAGAGGCAGGGGAGAGGAGGAAGAAUGUGUGCAUGAAUAGAAAAUAAAAAAAGUAAUUGUCUGUUUAUCUCACAAUUAUUUUUUUUGUCUCAAUUCCUAGUUUAUAUAUGACAAUUCUGAGAAAAAAAGUAAGCAAUUGUAAGAUGUAAACUCACAACUGCAAGAAAAAUAUUAGAAUUGUGAGAAGUCACAAUUACCUUUUAUACUUUUUAUUCUGUGGUGGAAAAAAAGCUUCCAUAGUAAAGGCCAUGUAUGUUGGAUUUGUUGUUGAUCAAUGGCAGCAAUUUCAUGUUUUCAUUUCAUUAAAAGCUUCAUGUAAAGCUUUUACUACAAUGAUUCCACUACCACGGUUUCAUAUAUGCAGUCUGCGUAGGGCACUUACUACCAAGGGGACACCAUCCCACGCUCUAUGGGGGAACCAUUAACACCCCACCCCACCCCACCCCAACCCCAGAAAGCAAUUUCAAUGGAUGUGACAUCUGAAGUUCUGCAUAGGGGACCCAUUUGACCAGUGGCUGCCCUGAGCAAUUCGGUUACUUUCUUGGUCUUUUUUUUUUCUACUGUACAUUCUAUAAAGUAAUGACUCAUAUGUUGCCAAGAAUGCACACAUUCAACACUCAACCAAAAAUGUAGAAUGGCUUACAUGUAAGCAUUCUACUUUUACUGCAGUAAAAGGAAACUGAAUUAUAAAAACAAUGGAUUUCAUAUUUUCUGCAGGUAGAACUGAAACAUAAGUAAUACAGUUUACAUAAUGCCAUCAACUGUUAGUAUUUUGACAUUCAUUGCACUAUGAUUGGCUAAAUGUUCAUGUUGGAUAGAAAACUAGUGCUAGUGUUUUAACAGGAUGACUCAAUUUUGAAUCAGGUUUGCUAUGUUUUGAUAGUAUAUGUAGAAAAAGGUUUUUAGCAUUUUGAAAUGUAGAUUUUGUAUUUAUUUAACAAAAUAUGGUUUGGGGCAGAAAAUUAACUAUUUGGCUAAUUGUGUGAUGUACAGGUAGGUGUGCUGUUUAGAAGAGUUUAGGGGGAAAAAAAGUACUUUAAGUAUUGGUAAAUGCUUGUUAGCAAUUUUAAAAAAAUGUAACUCGGAACAACCCAAAUGGUUUUUUUUUUUUUUUUUUUUUUUUUCUAUCACAUUUGUUUAUUGCUUAAUCAUGUUUUCAGAUGAGAACACAUUAGGGACCAUGGAUUCAAAACCAUUACAAAAAAAGACUGUGAAUCAGGAAUAGACCUGGCACUUUCUGUCAUUAUGAUUAUAGCAUAUGCUAUGCUAAAAUGUAUUUAUUUAUUUUUAAAUAUUAUUGUAUAUUGUCUUUCUCUGCUUGUCAAAACAUUACAGAUUCCCGUUCCGAUAACUUCUGUAAGUUCUGUUGUCUUAAAUGUAAGCGUUGUUGCUACAUUCACCAACCUGCCUUAACGUAUUCAGUUAUCAGAUGUGUAUUAGUUUUGUUAAAUGUUAAAUGUGUGGAGUAAAUAUCUUUAUUUUGUGCUUUGUGACAUUGUAUUCUUGUAUGUAAAUGGGCACCAAUACCAUAGGCAUUGGUAAUGGAACUUUGAUUGGAAAUUUAGGGUACGUUUACACGACAACAAUGUACUAAAAACACAAGUUUGGCCAUUAAAUGCAACAAAACGUAAACUUUUUAUGAAAAUGUUGUGUAAAUGAUCCCCUAAACUGCAACAAUUUUGCAGCAUUUCUCCUUUAAUUGAUCAAAGCAGAUGCACUUGUUACUGUAUAUUUCCUCAAUGUUUACAUUUGUAUAAAAAAAAAAUCAUAAUUGUCUUAAAGACGCAUUAAUACAUUUUUAACAUCUA